AUUGCAGGCUGUCAAUUUGUGCGGACGCUUUGCCUUCAGGGUAGCGAAGUCUGUUUUGAUGAUAAAAUAUUUGGAAAAUGUAUACCAACGACCGGCGUCGAUGUGGAGGAUAUAGAAAAAACACCUCUCACGGAGGAGCAAUCUCGCACCCUCGCCACAAUGCUGGAAGAAUUGCAGGGCGCCGGACUUGGUUGGGAUCAUCCCUACGUACAAUGUCGCAUUCAAGGCACUCUUUAUUCACUCCAAAAACAGACUCAGCUACCCCCGAACCUUUGCGCCAACCUGGCACCCACGCCAACCGAUUUCGAUCCCGCUGGCGCUAUGGCUUUCGUACGCUUCACUCCACCUGAAGAGGAUUAUGUUGACGAACGGUAUUUCUAUCCGCCACUAAAAAAACAGCAGCCGGUUAAGGAAGGCAACAGUCUCAACACUAUUCUACAUGAAUUGCAGUUGCAGGACCGUCAACUUCGUCAUGAUCCGCUCGAACUGGCACAUUUCGGUAAAUUGGACGCACAGGAUCAACCCCAAAUGGAUCCGAAUGUAUUGGACACCUUCUUGGAGAACGAGCGAGCGCGCAUACAACGUGAACAAAUGGAGCGCGCAGCAGAAAUUGAGGCAGCACAAGCGAAUGAGGCGCGCAACCGCUUGGAACUCUAUCAAAUGUUAGCCGCAUCUGAACCGGAUCCGCAGCCGUAUCAACGUAAUCCGAGUAGCGCAAUUGAAAAACUUGAACAGGUGGUUGAGCGCGAACGUGAAGUGGCGGCAAAGGCACCACCACCGGUUUAUGUGCCGGAUGAGCUAUCGAAUGAUUCCAACGAAUUAUACUUUCCGGAACAUUUUGCUUCUUUCAAACGCACCUCAAGCAAGCACGCAGACAGAGUUAAAGGCAGGCCAGUGCAGCGCUCAUUCUUCCGCGAAUUGGCCGCCGAGCAAGGUUUGGAGCAAGAACCUUUGGUGAAUCAUGAUUUCAGUGAAAAUGCGAUCGAUGAAUCCGAUCCGAUGUUUUUGCCCACAUACAAACGCAACAACGCAGAUGAUUAUGCCAGUGACUCCGAACGCAAACAAAUGGCUUUCGAGGAUAGUCUCAUACGCAAUUCUUUGACACCCUUCGAAGAAGAAGCGAUGCUCUCCUCGAAUACUUAUGCUCGUAAUGCGCAAAAACCACGACCCGUUUUUACGGAAGGUGGAUUAGUAUAUGUGCCCGAGGAUGAGGAGGAAGUACGCAAGGCCAAGGCACGUGAAAUACUGGCCAGCAUGUUCGGGUUUACGAGGCAUGAACGUUUGGAUGUAAAGAAACCAGGGCCAUUGAUCGGACCGCCGCCCAAUGCCGUAGAGCCAGCGGGAAAGCAGAAUGACACCGAAAGCGUGAAGGCGGGGAACAAGGAGGUUUUACCAGCGCAUAUUAAAGGCAGUAAGGAGGGUAGCAAGAAGAAGAAGGUGCUGAAGGAUCAUUCCGAUGAAGAUCAUGCUCCGCACACUGUCGACACCGAAUAUGCGCAUGUGUUCGUCAAGAACCCUAUCGAUAGCUGGAGUGACGGUGUGCGCAUCAUGAACGAAUUGGCCAACAUACUACAUAUGCAAGGAUACUUUACCUAUUUAACCGUUCAACCGCACGAAGUCUCUUUCCGGGUGGACUCAAAUAACCCCGAACACAAGACCGCCGCCGAUAUUGCACGCAUCAUUAACGACAAUCGCGGCGUAAAGAACAACAUCUUGCGCCGCCUGGGCUUCACAGUGCUCCAUGCUGGCGUUGGCGAUAAGAUCAAAGACGAUUCGGAUGUAGUUUCGGCGUCACGCAUUCAGCUCGCCGAGCAAGGGCCCGAUGUGACACACAUUAUGGCUUACAUGUUUGCUGGUGCCGGCGCUGCAGCUGUGAUUGUUAUCUUUGUUACACUGAUACUGAUUAAGCGACAUGACAAGAAACGUGACAAGUUGAGUGGACUCCAUUCGGGCAUUAGUGGCGCAGAGAGUUGCAGCAAAGACUAUCAAGAUUUGUGUCGUGUACGCAUGGCUGGCAAGGGCAGUGCCCCCGAGCCGGUAGCCAGUGGUCGUAUAACAUCGUUGAGUAAGGAAAAUGAUCGGCCACCAUCAUCGCGCUCAAGCACUUCAUCAUGGAGUGAGGAACCGGCGCUAACCAACAUGGAUAUAUCGACCGGUCAUAUGGUGUUGUCUUACAUGGAGGAUCAUUUGCGCAACAAGGGACGUUUGCAGCGAGAAUGGGAGGCAUUGUGCCGUUAUGAAGCCGAACCGAGUGCACGUGAUGCAGCACAACAACCGCAAUGCGCUAAUUUGAAUCGACCAGGUGCUCCGCUACCAUAUGAUCACUCACGAGUCGUGCUCAAUCACUUGGCCAACGCUGAGGGUUUGGAUUACAUCAAUGCAUCGACAAUUACCGACCAUGAUCCACGCGCACCAGCUUACGUCGCCGCCCAAGGACCACUACCGACGACUCUGGCACACUUCUGGCAAAUGAUUUGGGAACAAGGCGCUGUCGUCAUUGUAUCGCUGUGUCGCCUGCAAGAAAACGGUGAGAUCGCGUGCGCACGCUACUGGCCUGAAGAGGGCGCCGAGGUUUAUCACAUUUAUGAGGUUCACUUGGUGAGCGAGCAUAUAUGGUGUGAUGACUACCUCGUACGCUCCUUCUAUCUGAAGAAUUUGCGUACCAGCGAGACGCGCACAGUAACACAAUUCCACUUCCUCUCCUGGCCACAGGGGGGCGUGCCAACGCAAGCUAAAGCAUUGCUGGACUUCCGAAGAAAAGUGAACAAGUCCUAUCGCGGCCGCUCCUGCCCGAUUGUGGUGCACGGUAGCGCUGGUGCUGGCCGCACCGGUGCCUACAUACUGCUCGAUCUUGUGCUCGGACGCAUGAAUAAGGGCGCACGUGAAAUCGAUAUCGCCGCCACGUUGGAACAUUUACGCGAUCAACGCGCCGGAUUAGUGGCCACGCGCCAACAAUUCGAAUUCGUGCUAAUGGCUGUGGCCGAAGAGGUGCAUGCAAUUUUGAAGGCGCUGCCAGCAAAUCAAUCGAAUGAAAAGCGCGAACUGGAGGCAAAAGAAACAACAACAGGCACCUUGAAAGAGGAAGAAGCGGGCAGUGAGGAGGUGGUACCAACAACAUCCAAAUCUGCUGCCAAAUCAACCACGGCGGCGGCAGCGGCGUCGGCAACGGCAGGCACAAAAGAAAAGGAGCAGCAACAAAAGGGAAGUGAGAAGAGUGAGAAAGAGCGAGGCAAAACGGAGGUAAAGGAGUCGAAAACCGCACCAACAGCAGCGACUGCGACGCCAACGAAGAGUGCAACGGCAGCGGUGGCGGUGAAGAAAAAGUAAGCGAAGGCGGCGGUGUAGUGUUGAACGCGCGUAUAAAAUAAGCGCGCGAGAGCGGUUGGUUUUUUUUUUGUCAGUUAUUCAAACGAUUUUUUUAACUAACUUUUUUAAAAAGUUAAACUUAACAAAAACUUAAACAAGUUAAAAAAAUAUUAUUUCAAGGCACGUAGUAAGUUGGCGAGUUCGAAACAGGCUAAAUUUGGGAGGCAAGAAGCAGGCUUAAUUUUUUUUUUGAGGACAAAAUUAAAAAAAAAAAUUUAAAAAGUUUUUAGUUACAAAAAUAUUUUUCAAAACUAGCAUAGAGAAUUUAAUUAAUUUAAAAACGUGUAAUUUUCAUUGCAUUGCUAUGCUUUUUGCAUACGACGCAUAAAAAUAUUGAAAUGCCAAUUCACACAAUCACUUUUGGCACUUGACUUCGUUCAGUGGGGCGCGCAUGCGUUGCAUUUUGCUUUUCCAUUAACGCGUCGCCGCUUCAAUAUAUCAAACCAAUCCAGCCCAUUGAAGCGGUGCGUCUUAUAAUAGUAAAUUGCGCAUGCGCGACAAGCAAAUCAGAACAACACACACAACCAAAAUAUAUGUAGUUUUAGACAGCAUGCAAAGACAAACAAUUAUUUAU